CGGAAGAUCUCAUCCUCCUCAGCGUGCAGUGCAUCGGCGAAGCAGAUGACUCGACAGAUGCCAAGGCUAGUCACGGCAGCAUUUGCACGAUCUGCUUCCUUUCUUGAACGAGAAGCGGGCGAUAAUACCUUCGAGUGACAUGAUGGCGAUCUCUUCGGGACAUAGUGAGGACAAUUCCCCCGACGAUGUGCGGCGAGUCCUUCUCAUGCCCGAGUAUAAAUCCCAUCUGUCUAUGCUCAAUCAAACACAGCACCUCGAGUCUAGAUCUCGCAGCCAGUCAUCAGUCAAACCCGCGCGCUAAGCUAAAUACUUCGGUGUCCAUAGUCGCUGUCACGGGAGUCCAGCUUUUCAUCAGGUUUGAAAUCUCUUCUUUGUCGUCUGACAAUUCACUCAGAGGUCAGACGUUGUCCCUGUCUGCAUAUCUUUUCCACGACUUUCGGUUUCAAACUAUCGCGCUUCAGCUUUGACAGCCGAAUAGCCCACCGGGUCUCGUCUUGGGCUCGGUAUUUAGAUCGUUGCAACGAUCAUUCAAUUAGGGCUUUUCCUCAUCGGUGUAAGAGUGGGCAUCUCCACGUCUUCGAUCUUGGAUUGAGAACUGGUGCAAUGGGGACGGCCAGAAUGCCUAUGAUUCUGUGCUUCGCAGCACUGAUGAUGGUGGGUUCGAUGCCAGCGACAUUGAAAGCCGAUGGAGAUCACCGAUCGCAUACGACUCAGUUCCUGUGCCCGACUCCGGUCCCCGAGUCCAAGCGCCUCAAAAGCAUCGGAGGAUUGGGGCUCGUUCCCGAGCCGACGAUAAUGCUCGACUAUCACAUGGGUCCCGUGAUGACAGGGAGAGAUGAGAUGAUCAAACUGUUCGUCAUAUACUACGGGGAUUUCUCGAAGAAGCAGAGAUCGACGCUCAGGCAUUUCUUCAAAUCCUUCUGGCAUCCCGACGUUCAGCUGCCGGAGAGUCACCCGACUGUCGAGAAGUGGUGGCAGAUCACUCGGGAGUAUGUGGAUCUGUACAACAGGCCCGUCUCGCGCAGCAUCGUCGCCGCCGGGGAGGUCUUUGAUAACUACUCGCUGGGCAAGGAUCUCAAUCAGUCCGACAUUCAGACUCUGGUUGUGGACUACAUGGACAAGUUCGGCAUAGACUCUCGUUCCAUCUACCUCGUGCUUACCUCCGAGGAUGUGCUGGUGGAGAAAUUCUGCAUGAAUGUCUGUGGCACCCACUUUUACACAUUCCCGUCCGACGACACCAACAACCAAAUGGUGCCUUACGGAUGGGUGGGCAACCCUGCCGAGCAAUGCCCCGGGCUCUGUAGCUGGCCAUACGCCCCCGGAGGAUUUCUGUCCAACGCUCUCAUCCCACCCAAUGGCGAUGCUGGCAUCGACGGAAUGAUCAUCACCAUCGCCAACCUUCUGGCCGGCAUUGCAACUGAUCCCUACGGGAAUGGCUACUCGCAGGCCGAUGGCCUGGAAGCGGCUGGAGUUUGCCAAGGAAUUUACGGCAAGAAUUCGUUCUCUGGCUUUCCUGGCGACCUUCUUGUCGAUAAUGAGACGGGAGCGAGUUUCAAUGCCUAUGGAGUCAGCAACACCAAGUACCUCGUUCCUUGGAUUUGGAACCCUCUCACUUUGAACUGCGCAGGGCAAGUUUAAUUUCUGCAUCUUUGGGAGUUUGACCAUCAUCUUAGAUUUCGUGUAUUGUAACAUUAGUUUUCCAGGCAACGAUUCGAGCACCUAAUCGGCAAUAUAAUGAUCAUGACACAAGGCGCCGGAUCGGGUGAGGAUGCCACCGGCUUCGAGCACACGAAGGCGGCUGGACGCAGCAUCCGAACACACAUCGAUCUGUUUGUCAAUGAUAUCAUGAUCUAAUUCAUUCUAGAUCCGUACGGUAUUAUGGUUCCCGAAGGUUGGUGCUAUUUGAACGAGUGCAGGGAUGAGAAGAUCCACGAGAUGUCUGUCGUACGUGCAGAAGUCGCAGGGUGCUCCACUACCCAUGAUAGCACCGAGUGACCCAUAAUGUGGAAUUUACGAGGCCCGUGGUUCGUCUUUAUCCAGUCAUUCUCCGACAGAAUGUGGAUGGUCUUUGGCCGAUCGUGACAGCGAGAAGCUAGAGCAUCUUUCGCCUCAAAGUUGUAGAAUGGAACUGGAGCCAGUGUUGUACCACUACAGUUGCUAGUGCACGGAUUCACUGUGACCUCCACCGCUUCAAGUCCACCUCAAACUAUUAUAAAAAAACGUAGUGCUUUGUGUACUUAUGCAGUCAUCAUUCAUGGCGUUGUGUGUCGUUGUUGAAUCUUGCAAUUAAUGCUUACGUGCUGGAACAGUUAAUGUCAUGCUCGCUCCAUAAAUUGAACUUUUCAUUUAAAAGUCAAAUCUUUCCAGACAUGGUUGAUCGUAUAUUGGUUCCUAGGACUUCAUUCUCAGCAUAUACCCCUACCCCCAGUCGAGACUCACGGAUCUCGACGUGAUAACGUAAACACACAUUCCUGCUUCAGAAGCGACAUGUUUAUGUAGUGAGAAACCUUUUCCAUGCCUUCGUGUAGUCAAUACCUUCGACGACUCUUCGUCAUUCUUCGUUGGCGUAUGUGAAAGUACAAGAGCAGGGGUUCAGCUUUGCCGGUGUGCAAGAUAUCGGAGAGGAAAGUAGUCUGUCCAUUGAAGUGCACCGAUUGGACCAUUAGAAUCAUCACCGAAGGUUGACUAGGAUGCGAUUUCGACUUUCUUUGAGUUGACUGAGCUGGAGAAAAUCGUGCUUUGUGGAUAACCAUAGCAGCAGACAGUGUUAAAGUGUCCUGUAUUUCCUAUGAAAACAUAUUUGCUCGAUUCUUCAUGUUUAUAAUGGCCAUGAUGAUC